AUGUCCGGAGACGGGUAUGAUUCUUUUGAUGAUGACGUAGUCGUGGAAAACUCUUGCAUGGGAAAACGUGAUGAGAUAUUCAAUGAUUCAGAUGCUUCCUUACCAGAAACACCUCCGCCAGGAUCACCGGUUAGAGAAAGAAGCCAAGAAGACGAAAGUGAUGACGAUGACCCUCCUCCCACACCACCACCACCAAUUAAUUUGCGAAUGUCUCAGAAAAGAAAGAGAAUUGUGGUCAGUGACGAUGAGGAAGGAGAAGAUCAGAAUCUUCCACCGACACCACCACCCGGUAGAAAUGAAGGCACAUCCGAGAAGCCUUCAUUUCCGUCGAUUUUAUCUGAAAAUCGGGCAGGCAGUAGAUCAUGUUAUGAGAAGGAGCCACCACAGAAUGUUAAUCGUCUGCUAAAGCAUUACUUUGGUCACAACUCUUUCCGUCCAAUGCAGUGGGAGAUUGUGAGGAAUGCGCUCGACGGCAAGGAUCAACUUGUCUUAAUGUCAACCGGAUAUGGUAAGAGUGUGUGCUACCAACUACCUGGACUAGUAUCCGGGUCAUUGACACUGGUUGUAUCUCCGCUUAUCUCGUUGAUGAAUGAUCAAGUAAGAAGCCUUACGUUGAAUGGCAUAUCUGCUAGCUUGCUGAGUGGAACAACUUCAAAAAGUGAAAAAGAUCGUAUUAUGACGGGAAUCGACAGUGGCUCGUUGAGAUUUCUGUACUUGACGCCAGAGUAUAUCGAAAAUGCUUCUAGCUUGUUGCACCGAAUAAAAUCUAAGGUAGGAUUGAUAGCUAUCGACGAAGCUCACUGUGUCUCCCAAUGGGGCCACGAUUUCCGUUCAUCAUAUCGUGCUUUGGCGAAGAUCAGAAAUGUUUUGAGCGAAUGUCCAUUGAUGGCACUCACCGCAACUGCCACACAGGUGGUACGUAAGGACAUAAUUGACAAUUUGGAAUUGAUCAAUCCUGUUGUUGUUUGCACUGGGUUUGACAGGAAGAAUUUGUAUCUGUCGGUAAGUUUGCAGACUUCCAUGGAAAACGACCUCGCGAAAAUGUUUGCUAGAGAUGAAGAUGAAAAGCUGGGUCGACAUUUUGGCGGAGCAACUAUAAUCUACUGUCAAACACGAGCAAUGGUGGAAACAGUUCACCAGCAUUUGAGAGCUAGAGGAGUGAAAUGUGGCAUGUAUCACGCAGGAAUGAGUGAGAAGGCUAAGAAUGAUGCGCAUCAUGGAUUUAUACAGGAUAAGUACACCACAAUAGUUGCUACCGUAGCUUUCGGAAUGGGAAUUGACAAAUCGGAUGUGCGCAAGGUUAUUCAUUAUGGAAGUCCCAAAGACAUCGAAAGCUACUACCAAGAAAUCGGCAGAGCCGGUCGUGAUGGAGAUCCAGCUCACUGUCAUGCAUUUUGGUCACAGAAGGAUAUCGUUAUGAAUAGAUCCCGCAUCAACAAAUCCAUGAAGGAGCCGUAUCUCUCGCACGCGUUUGAGAUGAUCCGAUCUAUGGAAGAGUUUUUGAAUUCUAUGCGUUGCAGAAGAUACUUGCUCCUGAGUCAUUUCGACCCGUCCAUACCUGCUCCUUCUGAACCCCGUCCAGACUGCUGUGACAACUGUGACUGGCAAAUGAAUAAUCAACAGAGCUCAUCAUCAAAAUGCAUAGAUAUUGGAGAGGAAGCACGGUGGUUGUUCCGUGUGAUCGACGAGAUUUACAGAGGAUUCAGCGGUCUCACGAAGCCGAUAGACUAUGUUCGUGGAUCGGAGAAGGAAAAAAGUCGCGCACGUGGUUCAGUAGCUGGAUUUUUUGGGAUUGGCAAGCAAAGGAGCGAAAAAUGGUGGAAAGCAUUAGGCACUCAGCUGCGUAUACAUGGAUGGCUUACGGAAAUAAGAAAAGGAGAUAUGGCGUAUGGGGCUUGUGUCAAUUUGUCCGAUAAGGCGAAAAAGUGGUACUUGGCUAAUACAAAAGAACUAUUGAUCGAAGCGUCUCCUAUCCUUGUGGCAGCAUCUUCUGCACGAAACAAGGUUACUGUAGCUGGUGCAACGAAAUCAGCAACCGGUGCGGUUAGCUCGAUUGCUCUCGAAGAUGAACCGAAGAGUCGUGUUCUUGGAACAAAACAGUUGCGAAAAUACCUCUCUGCGUCGUCGUAUCCUUCACUCCAAAAGAAUUCCUCGGAUUCGUUAAGAACUGUGCCGUUGGUGGAGGAGUUGCGACGCCUCUUGGAUAAUCUUCGGAUGGAUCUGGCAAAAGAGCUAGACUGCGGACCAUUCCAAAUAGCUUCAAACAAAGUGUUGGAUCAAUUGGCAAAUGUUCGACCAGAUAGUAUGGCUGGCCUGGAAUCCAUCUCAGAUUUACCUGUAGAGAGAAGACAGCGUUUUGGACAACGUUUCCUAGACUGUAUUAAACAAUUUGUUGCUGAGCAUCCCAUUACCACCAAUAUAACUGAUUCUGUUAUAAUUCCCAGCGAGUUACAAGAGUCUAUCUCCCGACUUACUCCUAGCAUUCAACAAACGUACAAGACACAUUUGCUUUCUGCAGCUAAGGUGAUCGAUUUAUCCAAAAUUCGUUGCGUCAGCGAAUCUACUACAUGGUCAUAUCUGUGUUCGGCCGUCGAGCUUGGACUUCCUGUGCAUCUGGAUGUGCUUGAUAUUAAUGAAGAUACCAUCUCUACAGUUCUGCGAGCGGCAAGGGAAACACUAGGAGGGGAUGUGUUUCGGCUGAAACCGUUGAUGGAAGCGUUGCCAAAAGACUUCAUUGAUUACAAUCGUCUGAAAAUAGUGAGAGCUAUACUGAUUUGGGAAUACGAUGCAGACAAUGAUUCGGAAAAGGAAGACAGUACGGCAAACGAAUUCGGCACCGAGAAUUCGUCGAAGCAAAGCAGUUCACAGUCAUCGAAAGUUCCAUCAUGGAUGGUAAACGCCGUUGCAGCUCCGCAGCCGAAAAAGAAAAAGAAGCUACUUUUCUAA